CAUGUUUUGAUGCAUUUUUACGGCAUCAUGCAUUAACAGAGAAGGAAGACGAUGAUGAUUUUAGCACGUAAGGAUUUAGUAUCAAACUAACAAAGAUUAGAAGAAGUAAUCAAACUGCAGCUUCCAAUCAAAUUCCUGCAACAGAGUAAAUUACUGAAAUUGAUGCUUUCACAAGUUCUGCAGAGCACCAGGCAAGAAAGUAAUUUUAAACACGAAAUGGUUGGCGUAAAUUAGUCUCAACAGAGGUUCAGAGUUAUGUGCCUGGUUAGUUACCAAGCUAAUGUGAGUUAUGUGUCUGGUUUGGGUCCAAGUUAACGUCUUCUCUGCGUUAAAUUGCAUCAAUACUACAUUUUUCCAUUUUAGUGUUAACAGACCACAAGAGAUAUCAACACUAAAGAAACGAAGAGAGAAGGCGAGAAAGAUGAGUAAGGAUGAUUCAAUGGCAACAGAGGCACAUUUGGCUCCAGUGACUACUCGAAGAAGGAUAGGAAGUAAUCUAGAGGACUCGCUUUCAGAGCCUUAUCAGGCAAGGGCACUGACUGCAUCAGACACGGAUCAUCCUAUUGGAACAGAAGGCCCCAAGAAUCGCGGAAUGAGUGUUCUUCAACAGCAUGUUGCUUUCUUUGAUCAGAACAACGAUGGCAUAGUUUAUCCGUGGGAGACUUAUGCUGGAUUUAAAGCGAUUGGUUUUAAUUUGAUUCUUUCCGUCAUUUUGGCAUUUGGUUUCAAUCUAAUCAACAGCUACCCAACUCUCCCUGGGUGGUUCCCUUCUCUUCUUUUACCUGUAUAUAUAGAUAACAUUCAUAAAGACAAGCAUGGAAGUGAUACUGGAGUCUACGAUGCCCAAGGGAGGUUCAUGCCCGUAAACUUUGAGAACAUGUUUAGCAGAUACGCGAAGAAGGAUCCUGAGAAGAUGACAUAUAAAGAGCUGUGGAACAUGACCGAGGGAAACCGAGUUGCUCAUGAUAUUGUUGGCUGGCUUCAAUCUAAGGGUAGUUGGACACUAUUCUAUAUUAUCGCAAAAGAUGAGGAUGGUUUUGUGUCCAAGGAUUUUAUGAGGGGAUUGUUUGAUGGGAGCUUAUUUGAAAAACUAGCCCAGAAUUACCGAACAGGAAUUUAGAAAAAGAUGGAUGACACUGAUGGCAAAUGCUAGCCAAAGGCGCUGCCCUUACAUAACCUAAAAGUUCCGUCCCUCUCGUUUUCUGUUCGACAUGCAUUUUAAAGCUCUUUUAACUUCACUGUUCGACACACAUUAUAAAACUCUUUUAAAACAUAGUUUCGUAACUUAUUUUUGUUAUUUUAUCUUUGUGUGUAAAAGUUCAAACAUCAAAUUUUUAUUCAAAAGAAAAAAGAUUAAAUAAUAGAGUAAGUUACAAAACUAUAUUUUUCAAAGAGCAUUAGAAUGCAUGCCAAACUCUCGUCCCCUAAAGUAAACUACCUAGGGGGACGGAGGAAGUAUUAUUUAUUUCAGAACUUCGUAAUAAAUUGAAAUAAGAUUCUCAUUCCAUACAAAAAAUUUCCAAAAUUUCCUAGUCCAAC